AUGGACGUCGACAUGCAUUCAGAAAAUGUUCCUAUGGAUAUCGUUCAAGCUGGGCAUGAUCCGAGCGCGGGAGACAUGCUUAAAGUCGAAGACGGACAUCCGAUGGACAUCGACGAAGUCCGGGGAAGCGAUGAUGGAGAUGUAUACAUGCAUGACGUUGAAGAUGGACAUUCAAUGGACAUUGACGAAGUCUGGGGAGGCGAUGAUACGGAAGACAUAUAUAUGCCAGAUGAUUUUACGGAUGUCGAUGACGGAGAACAAAUGGAAGGUAUAGAAAUUGGAGACGCGGACGAAGAAACUCUCAUGGACAUUGAUCACGCAUAG